AUGGCGCCGACCAAGGGCGAGGGGCCGGCGAUCGGCAUCGACCUGUGCACGACGUACUCGUGCGUCGGCGUGUGGCAGCACGACCGCGUCGAGAUCAUCGCCAACGACCAGGGAACCGCACCACGCCGUCCUACGUCGCCUUCACCGACUCCGAGCGCCUCUACAUAUGAUUGGACUAGGUGGUAA